UUGAUAAUACUCUCAACUACAGUGCGCAACUUUUUUUACACCUUUGCAUUUUCUCUUCAAUGCGCGCGUCUACUUUUUUUGAUAAGAUAAAAUCAUGACAUCAUCAGCUUAAUUUUUGAUUGGUUAAAAAUGACGUCACCGUAAAACUUAUAAAUAGAACGUAAAUUUUAUGAUAAUCAGUUUCAAUCUGUGAAUCAGUUCAAUAAGUUAUAAUCUGCGAGAUUUUCAGUGAACUAGUGAUCUUCAGUUUCUAUUAAAUUCAUCUUUUUAAAACUUAAUUGGGUGGAAGUCAUCUGAUUAAAUCGUUUUCUUUAACAGGUGAAAGUAGAUAUUUUUGCUAUCUAGUGCAGGUGUGUAAGGACCAUAUUAUUUUUUGAAGAAGAGUUUGAAAAUCAGUGCUUGCAAUGUCUUACAACUGUGUGUCAAUGUGCGGAGAAGAUAAGCAGCAGUUUACAAGGAGUCAGAUGUCCACCCUUUGGGGUGGACACCACAAGUGUUUCAGCAGAAACAAAUGCGCUGUCAAGCAUGUUUUCAAUAGAAGAUAUACUCAGCCAGGGUGAUAAAGAUUUAGAGUUUGGAAAUUUCUCGGAUCAUUUGGGUGAUCAGUGUUUUCUAAGUCAAGAAUUUAUGGACUUCAAAUUUCUUGAUUCUUUUACUGAGAUAAGUGAUUCAACUGUUAAUAACACAAGCAUGAAUUUAGAUCUGAAGGGAGAUGUGAUGGCAGAAAAGGCCAUGGAUGUUUCUUUAUUAAAUAUGAACACUGCUAUUCCUGACAGUGAAUUGUCUCAAUAUUUAAAUAAUACCACUAUUCAAGGUGAUCUGAUUUUUAUGGAAGCUGAUAUCCUUGGCAAAGAGCUCUCAUACGAUUUGGGAACUUUCGUUGAUAGUGCACAACUUCCGAAGAAUGACAGUUUUGAGGUUUCUGGAACUUCAGAGGUUUCUUCGACAACAAACACAUUGUUUGAUUUGCUGGACGAAAGAAAUUCUCUGGACGAUGAUCUACUUCAAGAGUCUGGAGGGAGUGAAAUCGGAGAGAGUGUUGCCGGGAGGAAAUAUCUAGAAAUGAGAAAAAAGAACAAUAUUGCCUCACAAAAAUCUAGGAAAACGCGCAAGCAGAUAAACUCUAAGAUGGUUGAAAGGCUUAAAGAGCUUGAAAAAGAAAACAAAGAGUUAUCAUCACUCGCAGAAGAACUAGAAAAAGAAAGAAAUACUCUGCAAGAAUUGUUAAUGAGUGUUAUUGCUAAAAAAUCUUGACUGUUUUGUUAAUAACUUUGUAAUGUGAUCCUUCCUAUUGUUGAUCUAGGUACAAAAUAAGAGUAACUGUACCAGUUAUGCACAAGAUGUAGUGUUGCAAAAGAACCUCAAAUAUAGUGGUAGAGAAGAAAAAAAAAUUUAACAUGUUUUUAAGUUAUUUAGGUUCAAAAUAAGAGUAGCUGUACUAGUAAUUCACAAAAUUUAGUGUUGCAAAAAUAAAAAACAUGUAGUGGUAGAGGAGAAAGAAUUAUUCUUAAACAUGCUUUAGUGUUAUUUAGGCUAAUUGUACUUGGUGUUCCCAGUUUCUCAGGGUUAAAUCCAUGGGUGCAAGUCUUCUGUCCCCAGGACUGAUUUCCGUCUUUCGAAAAUGUCCGCAGACGGAAACAAGACUGACUCGAAGAUGGAAAUCGGAAUUUUUUUUUUUUGUCCUUAAAAAUAUUUUUAGGU